UAAUAAUUUUAUUCAUUAUAUUUCCGUUAUAUUCUCUCUAUGAUACUGUUCUUUCUAAUUAAAAAUUAGGUGUGCAAUAUGCGUUGCUAUAGCACUGAGUGGCUAUGUAUUGACUAGUGUGUGUAUAAUAAAGAUGGCGGAUAAGGACUAUCACCGUGCACGUGCUCUCUCACAAUCAGUCAAACGCAAUCAGCAGUGUCAUUAUUGCAGCCAACACACCAAAAAUGACGCUACAUAUUUAAAGUAACGAAAGUGUUCUGCGCAUACAGUUCUGCAUUGUUAUUUUAUGUUUAUUUAACAAGUUACAUCUGGAUGGACGAAAAGUUUGAAGCGCGGUAUAAGAGAUUUCAGCGACGUUUGGGCAAAUCGUCAUUUGAUACGAAUGCAGACGUAAAAGUUCGACAUAAAAGUUAAGCACCCUAUUCGGAACAGAUAUAUGUAUAGAAGAUGAUAGAGAAGAUGUCUUGCAUCAGGCCGUUGGACCAGCCACCUAAGGUUUGGCAACUGAUCGAUAUCGUGCGUAAGGACGGAAAGUCGAUGAAGUUAACGAUUCAGGAAAUUUCCGAAGACCGAUACGAGGAUGCGGUUCAACAUAUGUGCACAUACUUCUUGGCCCAAGAACCAAUCUGCCGUUAUAUAAAUGCGAAAAAUGACUCUUUAUUUGUACAAGACAUGAGUACAUUGUGGCGCUUACUACUUUCACAAGGCAUAUCUAUAGCCGUAUUCAUCGACAAUCCCAAUGGAAAACAGCCUAUAAUUGUCGGUGUAAAUAUUCUGGGUGUUAAUGUUAACAACCAGAAAGCUAGCAGCUCUUGUUAUGAGUUCAAGUCAGAAAAAUGUAAAAGAACAAUGGAAAUUAUAUCUAAUGCAAAACAGAAGGUGGUACACAAACAUUAUAAAGUUGACAAGUAUUUAUACGAACAUGGGCUUAGUAUACAUCCCGAUUAUCGAGGAUACGGAUUGGGCAAGUGUAUGCUGAAAAUCAGAAACUUGAUCGGACCUGCGUACGGAAUCCCGGCGACAGUCUCGGUGUUCACAUCGAGAAUUUCACAACAAAUAGCAGUAGAUGUGGGAUUCGAAGACUUCCUGACGAAAAAUUUUUCCGACUUUGUGGAUAAAGACGAAGAAUAUUUUUCCGGUAUUAAUGCCAUAUUUAAAGUCAUGGGUAAAAAAUUAUAAUAUGGGUGACAAGAAUUAAACAGUGUACAAAAAUUACGUAAUCCACUUAAUUUGUAUCAGUGCGAAAUAAAUCUUAUAAAUGCUA